CAACAAUUGCACCAAAGGACACAAAUGAGAAUUGUUAGUGCUAUCUGGGAUCCUUGGGACAUAACCUUUACUCUAACCUUAACAUUUUACAUUUCAACUUCAACUGGGCAAAAUCCCAAGGAUUCCGAACAGCAUGCAUUUGUACUACGGUUAGCUAGCUGUCAACAGCAAUAGAUAGGACGAAUUAGACUAACGUUAUAUAGCUACAUUUUGAUAAAAAACGACAAGCGCGUGUUAAAUAUGCAAUAUCUCGUCAUCAGAUGUGCAAGGUAUGACGCUUUUAUCUUGUUGUAUUUUUAGCACGCGAGUUAGCUAACGUUAGAUGUAACUGUUACUAGCACCGAAUAGCAUGCUAACUUUAGCUAGCUACAGUACCUAGCUCCAAAUCCAAUAAUUGGCAUCGUUCAAGACAUCACGAGUUACACGUAUAAAAGGUUACUCUGUCAAUCCUCACAUGCUGAAAUCCCCCAUGACUAUUUUUGAAAGCAGUUUCAAUGCACAGUUGGGAGUAGGCUAAAAUGCACUAUUAUCUGUGGUGUGCAUGUCGUCAGCACUGCACUCCUCGUAAAUAGCUUUAUAUUGGUUCUUUUUGACAACAGAUUCACCGCUUUCUCCCUCUCCUGUAUAGGGUAUUGGUAGGGCCAGGAGUUUUUCCUGUCAUUUGGUCAGGAAACGCUAUUGGUCCUUGGUAUUACAUGUGUUUUCUGACAACCAUAAAACCAUAUGGCCUACCCUACUACUCACUGAUUAUUAUUGUUUCAACAAGGGCAUUGCGGAUGUAUCACCCAGAACUGGAGCCCAGCGUCACUGUUCUGUACUCCGAUAUCGAAAGAUAUUCCCAUCUGUGAAGUAAUUUAGUCCUCAUACAACUAUGGAUACCUACGUAGCCAUCCAUGGCAAGAACAUAUCCCACAACCCCCUCUCCUCCAGCCAAGCCAUGUCUAUCGACAAGCUCUUCCCGGCUCUCCUGGAGUGUUUUGGGAUCAUCCUGUGUGGAUACAUCGCCGGUAGGACAGACAUCAUCACCUCCUGUCAAGCUAAAGGAUUAGGGAACUUUGUGUCUAAAUUCGCCCUUCUGGCGCUGCUCUUCAAGAACAUGGUUGUGUUGGACUUUAAUAAUGUGAUCUGGUCGUUCCUGUGGAGUUUCCUGAUAGCCAAGGUGUCGGUGUUCGUCCAGGUGUGUGUUCUGACGCUAGCCGUGGCCAGUCCGGAGAGCAGGUACAGCAAGGCAGGACUCUACUCCAUCUUCGCUACGCAGAGCAACGACUUCGCCCUGGGGUAUCCCAUUGUGGACGCCCUGUACAGGAACACACAUCCAGAGUACCUGCAGUACAUCUACCUGGUGGCUCCUGUCUCCCUGAUGCUCCUCAAUCCCAUAGGAUUUGCCUUCUGUGAGGUCCAGAAGUGGAAGGACCACCCAGAGAGACAGCAGGGCAAGUUGCAGAUCAUCAGAGUGCUGCUGCUGCAGGUACUGAAGAACCCGAUAGUGUUCAUGGUGGUGGUCGGGAUCGUGUCCCACUUUGUCCUGGGCCAGAGGAUCCCUGCUGUGAUGGAGGAGUUUGUGGACGGCCUGGCCAACUCCUUCGGAGGAGCAGCUCUCUUCUACCUGGGACUAUCUAUGGUGGGACAGCGUGUCCACAUGUCCUGCCUGGUUAAAUAGACAGUGUGUCCACAUGUCCUGCCUGGUUAAAUAGACAGCGUGUCCACAUGUCCUGCCUGGUUAAAUAGACAGCGUGUCCACAUGUCCUGCCUGGUUAAAUAGACAGCGUGUCCACAUGUCCUGCCUGGUUAUAUAGACAGCGUGUCCACAUGUCCUGCCUGGUUAAAUAGACAGCGUGUCCACAUGUCCUGCCUGGUUAAAUAGACAGCGUGUCCACAUGUCCUGCCUGGUUAAAUAGACAGCGUGUCCACAUGUCCUGCCUGGUUAUAUAGACAGCAUGUCCACAUGUCCUGCCUGGUUAAAUAGACAGCGUGUCCACAUGUCCUGCCUGGUUAAAUAGACAGCGUGUCCACAUGUCCUGCCUGGUUAUAUAGACAGCGUGUCCACAUGUCCUGCCUGGUUAAAUAGACAGCGUGUCCACAUGUCCUGCCUGGUUAAAUAGACAGCGUGUCCACAUGUCCUGCCUGGUUAUAUAGACAGCGUGUCCACAUGUCCUGCCUGGUUAAAUAGACAGCGUGUCCACAUGUCCUGCCUGGUUAAAUAGACAGCGUGUCCACAUGUCCUGCCUGGUUAAAUAGACAGCGUGUCCACAUGUCCUGCCUGGUUAAAUAGACAGCGUGUCCACAUGUCCUGCCUGGUUAAAUAGACAGCGUGUCCACAUGUCCUGCCUGGUUAAAUAGACAGCGUGUCCACAUGUCCUGCCUGGUUAAAUAGACAGCGUGUCCACAUGUCCUGCCUGGUUAAAUAGACAGCGUGUCCACAUGUCCUGCCUGGUUAAAUAGGCGGCGUGUCCACAUGUCCUGCCUGGUUAAAUAGACAGCGUGUCCACAUGUCCUGCCUGGUUAAAUAGACAGCGUGUCCACAUGUCCUGCCUGGUUAAAUAGACAGCGUGUCCACAUGUCCUGCCUGGUUAUAUAGACAGCGUGUCCACAUGUCCUGCCUGGUUAAAUAGGCGGCGUGUCCACAUUCUGUGUGGAACACAUGUGGAGAAUGUUUCUAAUGCUCAUGUUAUGCCAAUAAUGUUGUGAUCAGUCAUGAAUAUUGUUAUUUAUUGUUCCUAAUAUCAUCACAUCAUACUCUGGUAUGUUGUCCUCUGAUGAGGUUUUAUUAAUGUGAUACAAAUGUCUUUGAGCAUUAACAAGCAGGGUUAGUGAGUUUUUGCACUUAUCACUGAUGCUCUUGUUUAAAUGACUCCUCACAUAUGAA